AUGUCCGACCCGAGCAUUAUCUCAAACAACCCCCAAGGAAACCUUCCUAUCACCUCAACCCCCAACACCACCGCAAUUGAGCAGACCCGCCAAGUAACCAACAACCAGGAGUGUGAUCACCCGCCACAUGUCGCUGAUCAAGCAGAUGAAGGGGCGGCAACGGAAGGGAGAGGCACACGCCGCACCCCGAAUCCUGAAGAACAAGCCGCCAGACUGCAACAGGUGGAGAUCGAUCGACUAGCCGCAAGCCUUAUCUCGUCCGCCAGUAGCCACAUUGAUGACGCGGACCUACUCGCAGCGGACGGUGCAAAUUUCUCUGCCUGGGAGGUGUUGGAAUUCCAGUUCUCAACAUAG